GCGAAUCGCGUGUUUGAGUUUGUCCAAGGGGAGUUGCCGUACUUCUGCACAGCUCUUCUUCCAUGUGCAGUUGGGCGAAACAAACGCGCUGAAACUCAAUUCAUCGGCCCGGUUUCGUGCUGAACGUACCGAAGCCUCGUCGCGGGACUUCCCAUCGCUACUUUGCUGGAGCAAAACACACUUGAUGAACACUUCGUGUCCGCCGAAGUCGUCUUGGAGCACGUUGAAGAUUCUCCGCUUAGCUUAGCUUAGCUUCGCUUGCUAGCUAGCUAGCCGCUGACGAGGAGACGCGUUUGUUAUCAGCGCGUCUUUAAACGCACAUCGAGCCCGAGUGUGAAGUGUUGUGAUUAUCGUGGGGCAAUGUGUGAUAAAAGUGUCAAAGAAGAAGAGCACGAGGAGGAACUUUGUGCAUCGAUAGAGGAGCACGCACGACAACGGCAAAGACUGGACUCCGAGUUCGAGAAGCCUCGAGACGUGUUGCGCCGAGCAGAUGAAGAAUAUUUUCAUCCUCAGCAGCAGGAGCCGGCGUCCUCGCACAUUAAGGAGGAGGAGGAGGAGGAGGCGGAGCCCCUUAACAUUAAAGAAGAGGAGGAGGACGAUAUCACCAAGUUGCAAUUGACGGUCGUCGUUUUGAAGAGUGAAGGUGACGAAGACGAAGACGACAGCGAGAAGACUGCGGGGAGCGGCGGCUCGAGUCAACGCGUGACAACCGAAGGUGAUGGACCCCGUUGUGAACAAUCCCAAGCAGAUGGCCUCAUGGCGCCGCUAUCCGAUAGCGACGACAUCACGUCGCACUCUUCUUUCGCUGAUGAGGAGGAUGAUGAAGAAUCCUCAACAAGUCACAUUGAAACACACACGGGAGAAAAAACGUUUCCCUGUUCAGUUUGUGGUCAAAGGUUUGCUUGGAAGGGACAUUUGAACUCUCACACGCGAAGACACACUGGGGAGAAACCUUUUGCCUGUUCAGUGUGCGAUCAAAGAUUCUCUGAAAAGGGAAACUUAAGAAAACACACAAAAACCCACACGGGAGAGAAACCCUUUGCCUGCUCGGUUUGCGGACAGAAAUUCUCUGAAAAUGGAAACCUAAGGAAACACACAAAAACCCACACUGGUGAGAAACCUUUCACCUGCUCAUUUUGCGGACAAACAUUUUCUGAACGGGGAAACUUAAGAACACACACGCGAACACACACGGGAGAGAAGCUUUUUGCAUGCGCAGUCUGCGGUCAAAGAUUUGCGAGGAAGGGACAUUUGAACACACACACGAGAACACACACUGGGGAGAAACCUUUCGUCUGCUCAGUUUGUGGUCAAAGUUUCUCUGUAAAGGCAAACUUAAAGACACACACGCGAACACACACUGGGGAGAAACCUUUUCCCUGUUCAGUUUGUGGCAAAAGAUUUACCGAGAAAGGACAUUUGAACACACACGCAAGAACACACACUGGGGAGAAACCUUUUGCUUGUCUAGUUUGCAGUAAAAUAUUCUCUCGGAAGGCAUAUUUAAACAUGCACACACGGACACACACAGGCGAGAAACCUUUUGUCUGCUCAGUUUGCGGUCAAACAUUUGCAAGGAAGGGACAUUUGAACACACACACGAGAACACACACUGGGGAGAAACCUUUUGCCUGCUUAGUUUGUGGUCAAAGAUUCGCUGUAAAGGCAAACUUAAAAACACACACACGAACACACACUGGGGAGAAACCGUUUUCCUGUUCAGUUUGCGGUAAAAGAUUUACCGAGAGAGGACAUUUGAACACGCACGCAAGGACACACACUGGAGAGAAACCUUUUGCCUGCCUGGUUUGCGGGAAAAUAUUCUCUCGGAAGGCAUCUUUAAACAUACACACAAGAACGCACACGAAAGAGAAAACUUUGUAAUUUUCUUUUUUCUUUUGAAAUCCAGUUUAGGCAGUACACCUUGAUAUGAUGAUUUGAUUGAUUUGUGAUUUUUGUAUUCAUUGCAAAAUAUGAUUGUCUAAUGUUUAUAUGUAUGAAUGCAUUUGAACUUCUUCAAGAACGUAAGUGCUCCCUGCGUGAAGUGCUGUAGCAAUCAAAUGGACUUAGUUGCAUCGCUUGUUCAGUGUAAAAUGUUACUUCUUCAUCCUGAGCAGCAGGAGGAGAUCUUCAGGGUGGAGUUAAAGAAGUCAAAUUGGUGGAAAACCAUUCAGUUGCAUUGUGUGUGCGUGUGAUCAAAGGUUGUAUAAUAAGUUCUCAGGUGACGAAACACUCGUGUGUUGGUGAGAAGUGCAGCAGUAAAUUGCUUGACAUAAAUGGUGAAGGAACUUUCCCCUUUUCAGGAUCAGUGAUGGUGUUCAGUCUGGAUUGUUUAAGAGAGCCUAAAUGCAGCCAAGCUAAAACCCUCGAGUAGUUUUCAAGUCAUUUUGAGGUUCCGGUUUUUUUGAAAUUACUUCUUUUUUGAUGAUGAUGAUGAUUAUUAUCUCACCUUUAUUUAACCGGGUUGGUCUCAUUGAAAUUAAAAAACAUGCAGCAGCGAAACCGCCAAGAAGACGAAGUACAAUUUAAGACAACGUUUUGGAUUUGACCUUCGAUGAGUCCUAGCCACGAAUCAACGUUGAGGGAGUCACAGGACAAAUGUUGAGCGUUGACGCGCUGUAUCCAAAGUGGUCCUAAAUGAUGAGCUUGUGGGCAAAAAGAUGCAAUGAAUCUGCAUACGUUUUGCCCGUAGUUCCCCAUAAAAGGGCGUCACUCCAAAAUUGGACUAACUUUCGGAAAGCUUGCUAAAUACAGAAACAUGUACACACAAUUAUCAUGUUCCUCAUUUUUAAUUCCCUUUGAACUUCAAUGAGAGAAUGUGGCACCAAACUUACUCUACAUAUAACACAAUUGAAGAAAAGGGAAAACUCUGAACUGCGAACUUUCCGUUGGCAUUUGAGCGACGUCGCAAAUGGUCGCUUUGGGAAAUAAAGCCUUUUUGGGGGGGUUUUAACGCUCACGCUA